AUGAUGAUGGACGCUAGUCGUCGACUGGCCAGAACUGAGCUGGACUCGAUAAAAUCCACGUGUGACGAGCCAACAGGGUCCGCUGACAUGACCGACUCUGCACAAAGCUACUCAGACACCUCGUUCCACCAGCGGCCCCUGGCUCCCACACCGCUGCUGCCUUUUGGGCACAUAACCAAAAAAAUAAGCUUGUUUUUAUUUUAUCAGCCGGAAUCUUAUCCCGUUACCAUGACGACCUACGAGAAGAUAGUGAAGGGCGCCACGAAGAUCAAGCUGGCUCCGCCGAAGCCGAAGUACAUCGAGCCGAUCUUGAUGGCCACCGCAGAGGGCCAGAAGUCCGAGAAGUUUCGGGUUAUCAUGCGCACCUUGGCACUCCGCCUGGAUGAUACUGCGUGGUCCAUUGUGUACAAGGCGUUGAUUGUGGCACAUAUCAUGAUCCGCGAGGGCGACGAGGACACCACGAUCUCGUACCUGGCGAAAAACCCAGACAUGCUGGAGUGCAGGAACAUUGCAAAGUCCGGAACGUACAUUUCGAACGGAGGAGACCUGAAAACGUUGAAGAACUACUCUAAAUAUCUCACCACCAGGGCCAAGGAGUAUGCCAACGUGAGAAUUGAUUACAUCAAGCAGAUCAAGAAGCCGGCCACCUCGUGGUCGUCCAAGGAAACCGGCUCGAGACUCAGAGCAUUGAGCGUUGAUAAAGGGCUGCUUCGGGAGGUGGAAAGUGUCCAGAAACAGGUGGACGCUCUUGUCCGGUGUCGGUUCGAGGAACGGGAGGUGAACAACGAUGUGGUGAUUUUGAGUUUUAGAAUGCUCGUCAACGACCUGCUUUCCUUGUACCAGGUGCUGAACGAAGGUGUGGUGAACAUCCUGGAACAUUUCUUCGAACUGAGCAAGUACGACGCAGACAGAGCGUUCGAGAUCUACAAGCAUUUCACUAAGGAAACAGAACAGGUUGUUGGCUUUCUAAGAGUGGCCAAACAUCUAGAACAUAUUACCAAGUUACAUAUUCCUGUUAUCCGCCAUGCGCAAACCGGAUUGACCGAUUCUUUGGAGGAGUAUCUGAACGAUCCUAAUUUCGUCUCUAAUAGAAGACAAUAUUUGGCUGAAAAGGAGGCCAAGCAGAACGGUCAGCCGGUUCCAACUCCAAAACAGUCUCCCGUCAAGCAGCAACCAGCACCUGUACCAGCACCAGCACCAGCACCGCAACCAGAACAGCCUGUUUUCCAGCAGCCUGUUCCAGCGCAAACCAUCACACAAAGCCCUACAGAGGGCUUGGUUUUCCAGCAAACAGGCUUCAACCCGUUUGCUACAGGUUUCGUUCCAAUGCCAACUGGGUUCUCCAGUCAGCCGGUUAAUGGCAACUUCUACGGACAGACUCCGUCUCCAGUUGUUCCACAGCACACUAUCCAGCAUCACACUACCCUGCAGCAAAUCCCAGAGGUCCAGCCUGCUCCUAGCUACUCCCAGUUCCAGCCGCAGCAGGGUCCUUCUGUCAGCAGCGUGCCUCCGCCAACGGUUGGCCCAGAAACGCCAAUCACUCCGCAAUUGACCUCGUCGUUCACUGGAGCGGGUUUUGGAGGAUACACCAGACAGUCUCCGAUCAAGCCCCAGACCACGUCGUCACUGAAGGGCAAUCUGAACCGCCAGUCGACGAAUCCGUUCUCUGUGGAGCGUUCGAGCUCGAGCAACAAUCCGUUCGCCGUCAAGCCUGACACCGAUAAACUGACUCCUACAGAGACGGGCACGAAUCCGUUCCGGGCGCCAAUGGCGUCGCUGCAGCAGCCGCUUAAAAGCCAGCCCACCGCGGGCGGACUCGAGAACCUGCCGACGAUCCCUGUGUUCAACGAGACCAAACAGGAAUACCAGAGACAGCAGGUGCACCAGAAAGCGGCGUACGACCUCCAGCAGGCGGCACUACAAAAGGCGCAGCAGACUGGUGUGCAGACCCAACUGACCGGUUUCCAACAGCAGCCAACGGGUUUCCAGCAGCAACAGACGGGUUUCCAGCAAACGCCAACUGGCUUCCAACAAAACGGUCAACAAACGGGCUACCAACAACCUAACGGCUACCAACAACCUAACGGCUACCAGCAGCUCCAACAGCCCCAACUCCAACAACAACACACCUACAAUCCGUUUCAGCAGACCCAGACCGGUCAAACCUACAACCCGUUCGAAGGCUCCACGGGCUUCUGCGCAGAUCGUUUCAGCUUGAACGCCUGCAAUUCGCGCUCGUACUGCUGCUUCUCCUCCAGACUCUUUCCAGCAAGGUCCAGAGCCUCCAUCAGCUUCUCGCCCGCCUUGAGCGUCUCCAUGGUCUGGUUCGACACCUUCGCAGCCCCGUCCUCCUCGUCCUUCACAGGCUCGUCCCCGUCCAAAGAGGCCAGCAACUCGUCUUGGUACUGCUCGUCCAUCUCCUUUUCGCGCUCCUCCUCGAUAAACACCUGGUCGUCCGUCUCUUCCCAGAUCCUGAUACUGUGGUCGUGCGAAACAGAUACCAUAAACUCGCCCGAAUUGCUCACCGCCAGACUCCACACCUCCGAGUGGUGGGCCGCCAGCUUCUGCACGUUCUCGAACUUGAUUCCGUCCCAGUACUUGAUCAGACCGUCUUUGGAACAACUGAAGAAGUUCUUGGACUCUGGAACAAACUUCACCUUCAUAAUUGAGUCCUGGUGUCCAAAGAUCGACUUGUGA